GCACAAUUCCCGACUGCCUUGAAAGGCAGAUUUGUUCGGUGAGCAAAGCCGCCACAUCAGCACAGAUAAGAGAUUGCGUUAACGACGGGCACGGUUUAAAAGGCCAGCUGAGUGGUCCAGGGAGGGCAGUCCGCGAUACGGCACAACGCGCGCACACACCGACAGCCAUGACGUUCAACGGCACCUGGAAAGUGGACCGAAGCGAGAACUAUGAGAAAUUCAUGGAGCAGAUGGGCAUCAAUAUGGUGAAGCGGAAACUGGCGGCUCACGACAACCUGAAGAUUAUCAUCGAGCAGGACGGAGACAAGUUCCAGGUGAAGGAGAGCAGCACGUUCCGGACGGUCGAAAUCAACUUCACCCUGGGCGUCGAAUUCGAAUACAGCCUGGCGGACGGGACCGAACUCAAGGGAACCUGGGCCCUGGAAGGUGAAACACUUAAAGGGAAGUUCACCCGGAAGGACAACGGCAAGGAACUGAUUACCACCAGGAUUGUUUCUGGUGAUGAGAUGAUACAGUCCUACAACUAUGAGGGCGUCGAUGCCAAGAGGAUCUUCAAGCGGGGUUAGGAAACUCCCAGCGAUCCACAAACACGGCAAAGAUGACAAACGUCGAGAGAUUUGAGAUUACCUGAAACUCUGCAGCGCCGCUCGAGUCUGAAGAUUCCACUUCCUCCUUUCUGCACACCUGCGCGAAUAAAACGUCUGGUUGAUGAGAAUCGCCAACACUUCCUGUGCUCUGUCACCAUCAUGUGGGCCUGAUGUUUACAGUUUAGCUCCCAGCUGCUGUUUUGCACAACUUUGGAUAUUUAUAAAAAAAAAUAAAGCCACUUCCCUAGUGUCA